AUGGCAAGCACCAAAAACCUCCCUCUCCUCCUCCUCCUCCUCCUCAUCACCAUCACUAUCAUCACCACUACUUCCUCUCCUUUGCCUCCUUCUCUUUCGGUGGAGCAAUACAAAACCGCAAGAAAGAUCAUAGACGCAAUGAUCUCCGGAGGAAGUUUCGAAGAUUGGAGCGAGGCUUUCCUGGCCACAAACGACGAGCUAAAAGGUCCAGUUCUCAAUUCCACUCUCUUCCUCCCCAAAACAUCCGUCGAAGGAAUCAACGCCACGUCACCACUCGUUGCUGCUUACCACAUCGUCCCACAAUUGCUUGGCUUCAACAACAUAAGCCUCAUGAAGCCUUUCUCUCGCCUCCCUACGCUUCUCUCUGGAAACUCCAUCGUUGUGACCAACAAUUCAGCUUCCGGUUUUACCCUCGACGGCGUUCUCAUCUCUGAGCCAGAUUUAUUCGUCUCUCCUUCUAUUGUUAUCCAUCGCAUCGCUUCUCCUUUUAACUUCUCUCGUUACGGUGACGACGAUAUAUAA